CUCCGGUUGAUCAGUUCAGUGCUGCUGACUGUGUUGGACUCCGGAACGUCACCCCGACCUGACGCACUCUUGUACCAGAGCGCAGCUGUCACCAUUACUUCAUGCUUAUUGGCUCAGGACCGAGAGAGGCAGAGGCAAAGCAAAGCAAAGGCAAACACGGAGAGAGUUGGACCCCUGCGCUCUGCUCCAUCGAUCUGCGGAGGCGCACAGAGGAGCUUCUACCGGACGUUGGACACAUUUUCUGAGCUUUCACUUUUUUUGAGAGGGAAUGCUAGAAGUGAAAUCGCUGUUUGGAUCAUGCUAUUGGGAAAUUUGGUAGUGGUUGCGUUCUGUCUGUGGGGAACUGAUGUCAGCAGAGCUUAUGUUUUUCAUGCCAGUAGACCUGCAGAUGGAGGAGACAACCCACCUCACACUAAAGUCGUCUCAGAGUGGGUCAGCUCAGCGGGCUCCUGCAAGGGGAGGUGCUUUGAGCUGGAGGAGGCCAAACCUCCAGGAUGCAGAUGUGACAAUCUGUGUAAAACCUACUACAGCUGCUGCUCUGACUUCGACCAGCACUGCCUGAAAACAGCGGGAGGAUUUGAGUGCACGCAGGAUCGCUGCGGGGAGGAGAGGAAUGAGAACCACGCCUGUCGCUGCUCAGAUGACUGUCUGGAGAAAGGAGACUGUUGCUCCAACUACAAGUCACUAUGUAAAGGUGAGACUUCAUGGGUGCAUGGAGAAUGUGAGGAGAUCAAGACCGCUGAAUGUCCUGCAGGCUUCAUCCGUCCUCCCCUCAUCAUGCUGUCUGUUGACGGGUUCAGAGCCUCCUACCUGAAGAAGGGCAGCUCUGUCAUCCCCAACAUACAUAAACUCAGAGAGUGUGGUACAUCAUCACCCUACAUGCGACCAAUCUACCCAUCAAAGACAUUCCCAAAUUUAUACACCCUAGCCACAGGUCUGUACCCAGAGUCUCAUGGGAUUGUGGGGAACACAAUGCACGACCCGGUGUUUAAUGCCACCUUCAGCCUGCGCACCAGAGAGAAACUGAACCACCGCUGGUGGGGUGGACAGCCUAUCUGGAUCACAGCAAAGGAGCAAGGAGUGAAAGCAGCCACUUUCUUCUGGCCUUGGGUGAUUCCUCUGGAGAGGAGGAUUUUGACCAUCCUGGGUUGGCUGCACCUGCCUGAUGCUGAGAGACCGUACGUUUACGCCGUUCACUCGGAGCAGCCUGAUACCUUCGGACAUCGUCUGGGUCCUCUCAGCAGUGAGUUGGAUAACCCUCUGAGAGAGAUGGAUAACAUCAUUGGUCAGCUGAUGAACGGUCUAAAGCAGAUGAACCUGCAUCGCUGCGUCAACGUCAUCAUCGUAGGAGACCAUGGUAUGGAGGAGACCCACUGUGACCGGACAGAGUUUCUUAGCAGCUACCCGCUCAACAUCGACGAGAUUACGCUGAUCCCCGGCUCACUGGGCAGAAUACGACCCCGCGACCCCAAAUCCACCACAUAUGACCCAAAAGUUGUGGUCGCAAACCUCACUUGUAAAAUGCCGACUCAGCACUUCAAGCCGUACCUGAAGCAGCAUUUACCCAAGAGGCUUCACUAUGCUAACAACCGCAGGAUCGAGGAAGUCCAGCUGCUGAUGGAGAGGAAGUGGCACAUCGCCAGGAAAAUGCCAGAAAAAUUGAGGACUCGGUGUGGUUUCUUUGGUGACCAUGGCUUUGACAACAAGAUUACCAGCAUGAGGACCAUAUUCGUGGGUCAUGGACCGAGCUUCAAGUUCCAGAAAAGCGUGCCAGAGUUUGAAAAUAUAGAAUUAUACAACGUCAUGUGUGACUUGUUAGGGUUGAAGCCGGCCCCUAACAAUGGGACAUACGGCAGCUUGAACGACAUGCUGAAAGAUCCUCCACACCAACCCAGCAUGCCAGAGGAAGUGACACUGCCGUCACCAGCGUCAGACUCUGAUGCCACUGUGACCAGUGACCUGGGCUGCAGCUGUGACGAUGAGAACAAAGUGGAGGAGAUCAUAGAAGCCUUCAGUCCGGCAACAGAUGGAGCUUACAGUUACAACAGUACCCACCUCCCGUUUGGUCGUCCAGCUGUGAUGUUUGACACUCAAUACAGUUUGCUUCAUCAUGUGGAGUUCAUCAGCGGGUACAGCAAAGAGCUGAUGAUGCCUCUGUGGACAUCAUACACGCUUCCACGACAGGAGGACAUAACUCCUGUCCCAGAGGUCUCCCCCAGUGUUCAGUGUAUCCGAGUUGACUCCAGAGUGUCAGCUGAUCACAGUCAGAGCUGCACCACCUACAGCCAGAACAGCCACCUCACCUACGGCUUCCUCUUCCCUCCAGAGCUGGCGUCGUCUCCAGAGUCCAGAUAUGAUGCUUCACUUAUCACCAACAUCGUGCCCAUGUACCCAGCCUUCAAGAGGAUGUGGAGUUACCUGCAGGGGACGCUGCUGAGGCGUUAUGCAGAGGAAAACAAUGGCAUCAAUGUUCUCACUGGACCCAUUUUUGACUACAACUACGAUGGCCUCCGAGACACCACAGAGAUGAUAAAAGAGUUCGCAGCCGACACCCCGCCCGUCCCCACCCACUACUACACAGUGGUGACAAGCUGCCAGGAGCUGAACCAGACAGUGGAGGAGUGUGACGGGGCUCUCAGGGUCUUUUCGUUUCUUGUACCACACCGACCAGAUACCAGUGAGGCUUGCAAUAGUGUGGAGGAUGAGUCACAGUGGGUUGAAGAACUGCUGAAGCACCAUACAGCCCGAGUCCGAGAUGUGGAGAUCCUGACGGGCCUGGACCUCUACCGAUCUACCAACCUCACCUACACCAGCACCCUCAGCCUAAAAACCUACCUGCAAACCUUUGAGGGUGAUGACUAGACACCCAGAGAAACAGACACACAUAUACAGGAUGUAGCCCUUUGUAGAAGUCCUGCAUUUUCACUGCAUGUUCGCUGGACAGCUGGCGCAUCAUCGUUCCACUCCUGAGGAACUGCCUAAGAAGUGCUCAGAAAAGGAAACACAUUUUUGAAAAUUGAGAAGAUUAAAAGAAUGGUUUGGAAAGUUAAAGUUUGGAAGAUUACAACAGGAAUAUUCAAUACUAUACAAAAAAAUCUGAGAAGAAAUAAGCUAGCACAGGAAUGAUGCAGGAUGGGGGACUUUCUUGACAGCUGCCACUACACAUUUCAUAAAUAGAGCUAAUACAGUACAUUCUCAUGCACACAUAAAGGACCAUUUUGGGGUUUUAGCUCCAUAACUACAAACAAUGCAUACUUUAUAUUCCUUCUGCCUAUCCAUUAAGUGCUGUAGAUUUUAAAACAAAAUGUAUUGUGUCUUUUCUUACUCAUAAAGGACGACUUCUCUCAGCAAACUGCACUUAAACUUUAACUUUGAUUACGUCUUCAUACAGUAUGGAAAUAAGUAGGAGCCAAUGCCCACCAUAAAUGUUACAAAAAUACAUUUAAAAAUGUGAAAGUCUACAGCUUGGUUUGCAAAAAUGUGGGUAUGGUUCUGUCAAGGAAUAGUUUAACAUUUUGGGAAAUACACUUGUUCUCUUUCUGGCUAAGAGUUAUAGACUGUCACCACUGUCAGCAGUAGGUUAGCCUAGCUUAGCAUAAAGGCUGGAAACAGGGGGAAACAUCUAGCCAGGCUCUGUCCAAAGCUACCAAAAUCUGGCAACCAGCUCCUCUGAAGCUCACUAAUUAACAUGUUACAUCUUGUUUGUUUCACCCAAAAUGUCAGACUCUUUCUUUAAAACAACAGGCAGUAUACAUAUAAACAUGUAUCAGAUGCUCAUGCAAACAAACAGGACUCGACAUGUGUACACCAGGGUCAGAACAUAUUCAGAGCCCUUCAACAGAUCCUAAAGUUUAUGCCAUUAAACAUGUAAGAAAAAUAAAUAAAUCAAGCCGUCCAUGUGGUUCACCUCGUUGACAAUAAUUAUCUCAUGAUUACUAAAACUGGUCUCACACAAACACAUUACAUUUCAUAUGGGUAACCACAGAUGCUCAGUGAUCAGCGUGUUUUAUGUAAAAACAAACCACUGCAUCAAUAUCACAAACAUGGGUAACAGCUCCCUUCUGUUCUUGUGGCCUGCUGACAGUUUCCAGCAGCAACAAAUCAAAAGUAAAUGGUGCAAAUGGAAGGUUUAUUUGCGAUCAUACAAGUUCAAUAGCUUUUCCCUGAAAAGGACAUAAGUGACGGUUAAAAUACAAAACGAAAAGAAACAGCAGUAUAUUUCUAACCCCGGUGCACACAUGAACAUAAAACCAGCCCAGUCUCCAGAAGAAAAUGUUGGCAUUGUACGUUUCUGCAGACCAGGAAUAUCUUACAUAUAUGUUUCUUAUCAUAUAAACAUUUCUAAAGUGACAAAGCAUAUGAGGUGACAUGGUCAGCAGGAGGUGGAGGGGAUGUCACAUUGGAAAGACAGCAGCAGACCACUGUUUGAGACCAACAAACAAUAAAACUGGUUAUUUAGCAAGAAAUUGGCCACGAAAAGCAAGAAUUUUAAGCCAAAACAUGAUCUUAACCUAAUCAUAACUAAAAGUUUUUGGACCUAAACCUAACCAAACAUCAGGCCCAGUUCAGACCAAAGAUUCGUGACAAGACAAAACUGUUUUAGAACGUUGCAGAGAGAAGUUGCAGUGGUGUGAACUAUCUCAGGCCAUCUGAUGGUGUCACCUGUGACUUAGCUUGUCAAGCCGCCAGCAGCUUGAUUUAGAACGUGAGACACACCUGUUUCAACAGCCACUCAGCUUGUAGAGAAUUCAGUUGGUCAAGUCAACCUGUCAGCAGGCAAUGGGUUUGCUUGCUGUGGCAGACAGUCCCAUUUACAUCCCCACAGCUGCUGGCACAGCUGUCAGUCUGUGUCCUCAUGGUGUCGGAUCGGGGUGUAAACCACAAGUUUCAUCACGAUUUGAUAUGAUAUUGAUUCUUUGGAAAAUGCUAUGAUUUUUGCUGCGAUCGAUAUGCGACUAUAUUACAUGCCCAUUUAACACCGUCUGUUACAGAAGAAGCUGCCACCCAUUUCUUUUUUUCUUUUGGCCACAAAUGACACAUAAAUAUUGUAAAUAACUGUAACUGUUUAAGUGCAGUAAAGUUUACUUUAAUCUGACUCCACUAACACAUAAAACAGCGCAUGGGGUAAGUUAACCUUCAGGGCUUUCUGCCAGAAAGAUCUUUCUGGAAGAAAUCUUUUCAUUUUAACCAUCAUCUGUUUCUUGAAACUUCAGGUCUAUCUGUCUUAAAUCCCUGAAGGCAAACUUUUUCCAAAAGCCAUAAAACAUGGAUUAACAACAGCACCAUUCAGCCCAGUAAUAACUGUAAAGAUUCAUAGACAGAAAAAUUGUUAUUUGCUAGUCACUCAUUAUUAGCUUAAGCAUGUUUAUACUGCAUAAAUUAGCCUAGCAGCUAACAGACUUCUUCCUCUACCCAUAGCUUAGCAAAUUACACAAAACGUUAUUAUUUCUCUUACUUACAGUUGGUUUAAGUCUCUGUAUCUCCUGACAGAACAGCUCGGUUGAAUUUCAGCCUGCAUGCACGUUUUUUCAGCCUAACAUUGUUGACACAGAGCAGUUAAUGUUGUUGUAGUAAGAAGUUAGUGGAGUGAGAUGGCCAUCCAGGCUGGUAACGUUACAUUGUGUUUUAUCUCAUAGUGGCAUUGUUUACAUACAGCAUGUGCUCUGUCUGUCUAUUUACGAGUAAGUAAGUGUCAUCCUCAUAGUCUUUCUCUCGGCUGCUUGUCGUCUGGCCGCUAGUCGUCUGCCUGCCGCUGUUUGACGGUGACACAGACUUUCAAAAUAAAAGCCGAUUUUAAAGAUGACACUGGAUCAAUGUGUUCACUUUGCAUCUAUGACAUUGGAUCAUUGAUCAUUUAAUCGAUAUAUCAGUCCAGAUUGAUGGAUCGUUACACCCCCAGUGUUGGAUGGUGGGUUGCUACUGCUCGCUGUAUGUGCAUAUGUCACACACAAACUCACUGACUGAUAAUAAGUGCUGUUUACUAUGAAUAUGGUCUAUCUGAAGCUCAGGUUGUUUAAUGUUUUAACUGUUUCAUCCCAACUAGAAAUGCAACUGUAGCCAUUAUCUCACUAUCACGAUCCUCAUUCUGAAAAGCUGGAAGUUAAAGCAGAAGUACAGAGAGUCAUUGCUAUGGACGUGAUACGCCGUCUCAUCUGUCUCAUUGGUGUAACCUGACAGAUUUUUAUUACAUCACAAAUGAGAGCACUGCAAGAAGUUUCAACACGUCUUGUCGUUAAUCUUUGUUUUGAACUGAGCUUAAACCACAGUGUUGUUAAAAAAAAAAAAAAGUUUCAA